AUAUUUUGCCACUAUUAAGUUAUUUAUUUGCGGUCGAUAUACAAUUCAGCAGAAACAUUCUGUAAAAUUUAUUGGUUUGCUUUACUAAGCAAUUUAAACAAAAUUUAGUGAUUUUGUAAGCCAAGUAGUUUACAAUGGCAAAUCUUGGACAAUUCAAUGGCCUUGGACUUUCUACAUAUUUAUUGAAAAAACUCCAUCGCAAAUGUAUUACCACAAAAUAUGAGUUGUUCAUUACUAGCAAUUCAGAGUUAAUAGAAAUCACAGGUUUGCCGGAAGCCGCUAUAUUGGAAAUGAAAGAAAAAUUGGGUGAGGAUUAUUUCCCGCAACAACAAUGUAUUUGGCAUAAACAGAAUACGCGAACUAAAGUAUACAAUACUGGUAUCGAAAACUUCGAUAUGCUCACGGCUAAAACACCACUCAGAACUGGUAGUGUAUGGGAAAUAUGCGGAAAGUCAGGCGUUGGGAAAACGCAACUAUGCCAUACAAUCGCCGUAAAUUUUGCAACCAAAUCACAAGGGACAGUCCUGUAUUUGGAUACCAAGACUGACUUCUCGGGUUCACGCAUUAUGGAAAUGCUGCGCUGUCGAAAUGUACUCAAUAACGAUUGCGGCCGAAUAAUGCAAAAUAUUUUGGUGGAGCGUACAAGUUCUGCUGAAGGCGUAUGUAAUAUAUUGGAAAAACUGCACAUGCAAUUGAUGGCUGACGAAAAUGCUGAAGGAAGUAACGUAAAAUUAGUUAUAAUUGAUGCACUACCGGCCGUAUUUUUCACAUAUCGCAAUGAAGCAGAUCGAUUGAAAGGAAAAUAUUUGUUGGCGACAUUGAACAACUUGGUAUACAAGCUAUCGAAGGAGCAUCAUGUCGCUUUUAUUUAUGUAAAUUUAUUGGUGAAUACUGACGAAGAUCAACUAAUAGCCGAAGGCACAGAUGUGGCCGAAAAUGACGCAAAUGUUAAUGAGAUUACUGCCUCACCUAGUCUGAUAGGCAGCAAAAGCAUGCGUCCUGCAUUAGGUGAAUACUGGAAUCGAGCACCGCGUCUACGUCUAUCACUGGAAAUGCCUACAGAAGCUUCUCACAACACGAAUGAGCGCAUAUUAAGAAUAGUAAAAAGUUGUUUCACUGCUGUUAAUGGAGUGUGUACUCUACGUAUCACUUCUGCUGGAGUUUUAUGAUUUGAAGAUAUUAAAAACGCACGAGCUAGACAUCUUCCAAAUGAUACAAUAGUUUAAAUAGUUUUUAAUCCCAAAUGAUAAAACAUAUUUUACGAGCAACUUAUUUGCUUGCCAAACAUAAGGUUCCUACAGUACCAACUUAAAUUUGUGUGCGUGCGUCAACACAUGUACAACAUAACCAAAGCAUGAUCCAAAUUACUGCGACUUGCAAAUAGGAAUUCAAUAAAACUUAAUUUUUUUUUGCAA